AGCAGUUAGCAUCUCGCUCUGAACUGACCGGCAGCAAACUUACAUAACUUUCACGCAGAUAAUAAGAGACGCUAUCUUUAAGGAUUGCCACAUGGAUUCUCCUCGGCAAACGAAGAAUCUGGGUCGAGAGCCAAAGCGCAGCCAGAAUCAGUCGAGCACUCCUCCUCAGAAAGACGCCUAUGCCAGGCUCCUCAGCCAGCACUGCAGCAGCAAGUUCAGUCAGUAUCUGGAGCAAUAUGCAAAGGACACAGCUUUUCAAAGGGAAGGAAAUGGGCCAAGCACACUUUUCAAAGCCCAAAGUGACAGGCAGAACAUACCACAGCGAAAAAGGGACCAGGUGCCAUAUGAUUUCUCUGAUUCGAGUGACUUCUCCCCCUCCUCCAUGAAAAGCAGAGGAGAGGAGAGUUCUCUGUCUUUGUACAUGGAGAAACUAAGCAACCGCAGCGCCCAGCAGGACUGCGAGAGGAAGCAGGGUGUGUCUGACAGACAGCGAUGGGGACAGAGGAGGGACACGGCCACCAGCCACGAUGGGGACGUCGAGUCCGGCGAGGAGCUCAGCUCUUUCAAACCCGAUGAUUCAAAGAAACACCAGAAGCAGCAGAAGAAAAACAAGGACUUAAAAGAGACUGACUCAUUUGUUGGAUGUCCCCAGUCCCCGAAGAAAGCAGGCACAGUUGGACAGGAGCAAGACAAGAUGAAGAAGUCAAAGAAAAAAAACAUGCCAAAGCAGCCAGAGGAGGAGAAAGGCAGAGAACGGUUUGACACUCAGAUGUCAAGGCCAAAGUCCCCUCAUGAUAAAGACAAAAAACUGCAGCAGCCCAGAGCUUCAAGUGCCAAUUCACCUGCUGACAAGAAGAACAAAGGAGGCAGGGGAUCAAAGAAACUAGUGUUUGAAUCCUACAUGACAUUUGAGGAGGUUUCGCAGGGCGUUAAAAGAGGAGAACUCAUUCAGGGACCCUUACGAAUCAACCCAAAGAAAUACCAUGAGGCUUUUGUCCCCUCUCCUGAUGACACACGGGAUAUAUUUCUUGAUGGGAUCGUAGCUCGCAACAGAGCACUCAAUGCAGACAUUGUUGUGGUGCAAAUCCUCCCCCGGGAGCAGUGGAAGGUUGUGAAGUCAGAUACUGACUGUGAGGGCGCCAGCGAGUCAGAGACCCAGAAGGAAAACACGGUGCGAACGGCGCAGAAAAAGACGGCACGAACGCCAAGGCCUGAUGUUGUUGUGGAGGACCAGUGCAGCGACCAGGAGGAACUCAUCCGAAAAGUGCAGAGCACCAACAUCACUGACACAGAGGACCCCUCAACGCCGCGGGCCAACGACGAAAUACUCCAGAAGACUGCGAAAGUGGUGUACAUUGUUGAAAAGAAACACUCCAGAGCCGUGACGGGCUUCCUAAAGUUCCUACCAGAUAAACCUUUUGCCAUGUUCUCCCCUGUCGACCACCGGGUGCCACGGAUCAACGUCUUCCUCGCUGACUGUCCCCAAGACUUUCGUUCCCGCCCGGGCGACUACGCCAACACCUUGUUCAUAUGUCGGAUUACCAACUGGGCCGCCGACAGCAACUUUGCAGAAGGUAAACUCGCAAAGACGCUGGGCCAGGCUGGAGAAAUCGAGCCGGAGACGGAGGGCAUCCUGACCGAGUAUGACGUCGAUUUCUCCGAGUUCUCAGAGGACGUGUUAGACUGCUUACCCAAAAACCUGCCCUGGACCAUCCCGCCUGAGGAGAUGAAGAAGAGGAGGGACCUGAGGAAGGAGUGUAUCUUCACCAUCGACCCUGCAACAGCCAGAGACCUGGACGACGCUCUGUCCUGUAAACAACUCCCAGAUGGUAACUUUGAGGUGGGAGUCCACAUCGCCGAUGUGAGUUACUUUGUGGAGCAGGACAACACUCUGGAUGCCGUCGCCAGUCAAAGAGCGACUAGUGUGUACAUGGUUCAAAAGGUGAUCCCCAUGCUGCCGAGGCUGCUGUGUGAGGAGCUCUGCAGUCUGAAUCCUCUCACCGACAGACUCACUUUCUCUGUCAUUUGGAAAAUAACACCAGAAGGGAAGAUCCUGAGUGAGUGGUUCGGCCGCUCAGUCAUCAGAUCCUGCAUAAAGCUGAGUUACGACCACGCUCAGAGCAUGAUCGAGGCCCCUGAAAAGAUGUUUACCGCUGAGGAGCUUCCGCCCUGCGACCCUGAGCACCCCAUCGAUGAGAUCCAUCAGGCUGUGCUCAACCUGCACUCCAUCGCCAAGAACCUCCGAGCUCAACGCUUCUCGGGAGGAGCCCUCAGACUGGACCAGCUGAAAUUGUCUUUCACUCUGGACAAAGAGUCCAUGAUGCCUCAGGGCUGCUACAUCUACCAGUACAGAGACAGCAACAAGUUGGUGGAGGAGUUCAUGUUGCUAGCCAACAUCGCCACAGCCAACCACAUCUACCGCAAAUUUCCUGAGCUGGCCCUGCUCAGACGCCAUCCUCCACCGAAGGCCAAGAUGGUGGAUGAGCUGCAGGAGCUUUGUGACCAGUUGGGAAUCGACAUAGAUCUCUCCUCUGCAGGAGCGCUGCAUAAGAGUCUCAACACCACUCUGGGCGAUGAUGAGUACACCACUGCCAGAAAAGAAGUCCUCACCCACAUGUGCUCCAGACCCAUGCAGAUGGCGUUGUACUUCUGUACAGGCGUACUGAAGGAGGAGCAUGUCUUUAAGCACUACGCCCUCAAUGUUCCUCUCUACACUCACUUCACUUCACCCAUCAGACGCUACGCUGACAUCAUCGUCCACCGGCUGCUGGCUUCUUCUCUGAAAUGUGGGCCCCAUUUGAGGCUGUCAACACAAGAAGUCGAAAAACAGGCAUCACACUGUAAUGAGAAGAAGACCGUGUCCAAGAGAGUCCAGGAGCUCAGCUCCGAGCUCUUCUUCGGAGUCUUUGUAAAGGAGUGUGGCCCUCUGGACUCUGAGGCCAUGGUGAUGGGCGUGCUGGAUCAGUCCUUUGAUGUGCUGGUUCUCAAAUACGGAGUGCAGAAACGCAUCUACUGCAAGUCUGUCGUGGGCCUGGACUCGUUCCACCAUCGUAAAGUGGGGAAGAAAUCAGAGCUGACUCUCGUCUGGACAUCAGAAGACCCAGAGAAAGCCCCAGUAGAGCAGGUAAUUUCGAUCUUCACGUUAGUGGAGGUGCAGCUCAAAGCGGACGGUGCACCCUUGAAAUACAGUGCGGUGCUCAAGAGGCCUGAGGAUAACGAAUAAUAAACACGUAGAUGUACUGUAAAGCACGCCGACAUUGCACAUUUUCUUUUGUUAAUCGGUAGUUUAGAAGCAGUAUUACUGUGGUAAAGCAAAGGAAUCACUCAUCAGGUCAGAGUCAGAUUUCAAUUUAAUUCAAAAAACUCUUUUUGCUCUUAAAUUAAAGACCCAUGCCAGUGUUUUUCAUGUGAGCCCACUUACUACAAAUUAUCCACACACACAUACAUGACUGCUGCUUAUUCUCUAAAUUAUAUUAUUGUGAUAAAUAUUUCUUAAUUUGCUUUUAAAGGGCCUUUGCAGCCAGCUUUCCUUUGGUUUUUAUUUGUUUCUGUGAUAUAUUGAAGUCCAGAUAGACCUGAAACAUCAAGAUCUAAGGCACAAAGGGCAAGUUCUUCAGUAAUUAAUAGAAACUAGAGGGCCACUCAGCGGGAGAAGACUUCUGUCAACACCAAAUAUCUUAUCUGGCAGUGUCCACAAAAGUAAAAAAUCAUUAGUGUAUCUACCCUGUAAGUUGGAUUCACUCCAAAUAUUAAUGGGUCUUUUUUUGGCUCGUGCUUUACACCAGUUUUAAUAAAAUCAGUUUUAAUGGCCAGUAUUUUAUCGACAAUCCUGCUGACAAAAACCGAAAAGAAAACACGACCUCCUUGGCGUAAAUAAUGGCCAUCUUGAAAGUAGAAAACCUUUAAAAUUGAUACACACUCACAGACCCUGAUGUGAUGAGAUUUCGCUUAAGGGACUGAAAAGAUUUUGGUUGUUGGAUACGAUUAAGACCGGACAACUAUACUUGAGACUAAUGAUCAAAGUAGUCACUGUUUUAUGACUCUCAGGGCUGGGACACACGCUUAAACACUUCUGAAACACUUUUAAAACACAAGUUACUGGCUGUGACUUUAGUGCUUACUUCGUGCCGACGUCAGAGAGAGCGGAGUGCAGAGGUGACAGCUUCACUCACGCUUUAACCGCACUUUCAAUGUGUCUACAUUAUUUAAAAAAAAAUUAUUUGAGGGCGCAAAAAAUGCAGCAUGUGUAGGGGCUCUUACUCACAUUGGGUGAUGUGUAUGAUUUAUAGUAAGUGGUUAAAAACAUUUAAACACAAGUAAAUGAGUGAAUUUUAAAUUGAAUUGUGACCUGAUCUGAUGGUGACAGAACUAAGGCAGCAAUGACUUUUAAUUUGCUGUUGAUUUAUUGGCCUUUAUGAGGACAGUUUUGAUGUGAUAUAACUGUUGUACACAGUCUGAUGCAUGAAAACUGAUUUUCAGUUUAGUUUUAAUUGCUGGUCUCCUGCUUUUGUUUGACGAGAGAGUUUUAUUUGUGUUUGCAAAGCAAUAGAGAAUACCACACUACUGAAGUUUACGCAGCAGGCUAAGGUGGUUUAAAUAGAAGCUGUUAUUGUUUGAGUGAAGCUACAUGGAUGAAACAGUAAAAAUGUAGCAGUAAUAGUAAGAUAAAACCUUUUACUAUAUCUGAUUCAUAAAGCAGGUUUAUUAACCCCUUAUUUAAAAAAAAAACAUGCUUGGGAAAAAGGCAAUGAUUAACUUGGUAAAAAAUGCCCUGCAAAUAAAAAUA